GGAAAGGAAGAGGUGAAGAAACUGGCAGGGACGAGCUCUAGCUGUAAGCUUUUUAUUUUGUACUAUCUUUUGACUCUGCAGUGCCUCCAUCAUAUUAGAUGAAACGAGAUUUGUAGAUUUGUACAUCGCAUGUAGCACAACCAUUUCCCAUGACCCCCUUCACAAGCAUCUUUUUACAAAUGUACAAAACGUUUGUUAUCAUCAUACCUCGUGUUAACUAAGCGAUUUUUGAAAUGUUCACAAAUCUCAGUGUGCAUUCAGAGAUUGUUGGACACAUCUUCAAAUAAAAAAAAGGGCAUGCGCGCAUCGAGACACAGUUACACAACCCUCUGCUCACAACUGUAAAUGAAAAAUGGAAAAAACUCCAAUAAUGAGCUCAUAAAGAUUCAUAUUGUCACAUGAUCAACCAGAAGAGUGACUGUGAUUUUUAAUCACUGGAGUAAAGCGCCAUCUGGUGACGGGAGGCAGUAAAUGCAGCGAUGUCUUAAAAGGGUCAUCCAGUUCAUCCACAUUAAGAGGAAUAAAGGAGGUGAGAAAGAAAGGAAGAGAGAAAGACAGACAGACAGAAAUUAGGGCUUCUCCUUCUUCUUCGUCAUUUUCAGUGACAACAGAAGUAAGGAGGGAAACCUCAGCUCCAGGCCAGCAUCUCUUAAGGUUUUCCACAUCAGGUUGGUUGAGGAUGUUGACAGAUGCAGGAAGUGUCAUUUUAGUUGCCCAACGCUGAGCGUAACAGCACUGACCCUCGAGUGUACUUCUCAUAAUGCACAGAUUGAGACGCAGGAUGGCCGGACUCAUUGACAACCUCAUGAGGCUGCUGCUGCUUUCUUUUAUCAGAACAGGCAAGUCAAGCGUCAACACAAUCUCGUCCUGUGAUCUUAGUUUGUUUUUUUUUUUCCUAAUCUUAUCUUUCUUUUUCUCAGGCGCAGACGGGGAUGGUGGUCUGAUAUUUGUUGGACAGAGCUACAGAAUCACGUUUCCAUGUGAGAAAGGUUUAGUCUGCUUCCACAUAUGGCACCUCAGCGCUGGAGAAACAAGCACGUACAUCGCCAUCGUCAUUAUUGGAGAGAUCCAGAGAGCUGAAUCAGAAGACGAGGGCCCUGAAUGCUCCAUGCAAAUCCAGGAUCUCACAGAGGAGGACGUCGGACGCCAUCGCUGCCAACGAAGGCCUGACGACUUCUCUCCCUACAUGGCCCCCUCAGCCGCCCCUGAGGUGAACCUCAUGCCUGGCAAAACGGUGUCACUGCGGUGUUUUCUCCUGGGACACUGCGACACACAGCUGCAACCGGUCAGCCUGGUGUGGGUGGAUGAAACCGGCGCUGAGAUACAAGAGGACUCGCAACAUCAGGUUGAAAAGCAGGAUUCUUGUGAUAUCACUCUGACUGUCACCUUUCAAAGUCCUCAAGACAGGAGGUUCAGGUGCCAGGCGACUGCGGGCGAUCAAGUCCAGACUUCAGAAGAGCUGCGGGUCAGAGUCCCCGCUCUUAAAGGAAGAGGAAGAGGAUUAAUCAUAGAUCUGGCACCUGAAGAUCAAGAUGACAGCCAGGACCUGAGCGGCGCUGCUGUGGGGGUGGUGGCAUGUGUGGUUUUGGCUGCGCUGGUUGCAGCGUUUGUUGUGAACAAAAGGAGAACAAGAAACCAGCUGCCUGAUGAGUCUAGUAACACGACCAGCACCAACAACGUGACGAGUGCAGACGAUGUGAUCUACGCUGACGUUAUCCUCCCCGUCGCCUCUGACUGUGUGUGGACCCACGAGAGUGAGACCACUGAAUACGCCUGCAUCCGGUACUAGUCUGCUGUACACAUUCUGAGUCGCUGAUUUGCUCCAAAUCAAAUCCCCUGAAUUAUAACUCUCUGCAUAGUUUGGACCUCAGGUCUUUUGCCCCUUUCAGCCACUUUGCAUUUUGACUUUUGGACGAUUGUUACAUGAUGUCUACCUCAGCACACAUUACUUAUUGUUGACCUGUACGUAUUUCUUGACUCUCUACGUAGCCUGUGAACUGAAAUCAGCAUCCAUUGUCAAUGACGUUGUUUCUCUUCUUUUCAAAACUGUACUCAGGUCUACAAUAAAUCAAAACAUGACAAACUUGA